UUUUCGGGAAUUCAUCGUUGUCAAGCCGCCAAAGUGGAGAGUGUGAUUGCAGAAGGGGGUGCUUCUCGUUUCAGUGCUUCUUCGGGUGGGGGAGGAGGUAGGGGUGCCUCUCAGUACCAUCCCAAGACUGUCGGCAACAGCGAGUUCCUGGGGAAAGCCCCAGGAUCUAGCGUUCAGAGAUGGGUUCCUUCACGAAGCACUAGACGAGAUGCCAAUGCCUCCAAUGAAAAAGAACGACAUGAUGCAAUCUUCAGGAAAGUGAGAGGCAUACUUAAUAAACUGACCCCCGAGAAGUUUGACAAGCUAUGCCUUGAGCUCCUGAAUGUGGGCGUAGAUUCAAAACUCGUCCUAAAAGGAGUGAUCUUGCUGAUUGUUGACAAAGCCCUCGAAGAGCCCAAGUAUAGCUCGCUUUAUGCUCAGCUAUGUCUGCGCUUGGCAGAGGACGCACCAAACUUUGACGGCCCAUCGCCAGAGAUCCAAACGUCACAAAAACAAAGCACCACAUUCAGGAGACUUUUGAUUUCUAAGCUUCAAGAUGAAUUUGAGAACCGCGCCAGAAAUGUUGAAAUCUAUGACAAACAUGACAACCCUCUUACAUCUGAGGAAGAAGAGCAGCAUGCCAUUGCCAAGUUUAAGAUGCUGGGAAAUAUCAAAUUCAUUGGGGAACUUGGCAAACUCGAUCUUAUCCAUGAAUCUAUCCUUCAUAAGUGCAUCAAAACACUUUUGGAAAAGAAGAAGAGAGUCCAACUUAAAGAUAUGGGGGAAGAUUUGGAGUGCCUCUGUCAGAUAAUGAGAACAGUGGGGCCUAGACUCGAUCAUGAAAAGGCUAGGUCUUUAAUGGAUCAGUACUUUGGCCGUAUGAAAUCCUUAAUGAACAACAAGGACUUGCCGGCAAGGAUUCGUUUCCUGGUGCAGGAUUCAGUGGAGUUGCGAGAGAACAAUUGGGUGGCUCGCAAAGCUUUUAUCGAUAAUGGACCAAAGACGAUUAACCAGAUUCGUCAGGAAGCAGUAAAAGAUUUGGGUGUUUUUAUUCCACCAAUGGCCCAGGGAAUGAGAACUGACUUCUUUUUGGAGGGGCCCUUCAUGCCUAGGUUGAAACUUGACAGGGAAACUCUUGGCGGGUUGGCGGAUAUGUUUGGACAGAUGCCAGGGAGUGGGAUCGGCACAGGCCCUGGAGUGAUUCAGGACCGGUAUUCGCCCACCAUGGGCCGUCACCGCACCAACCCACUCUUCAACGGGCACACAGCCCCUGCUACCCAGUCUCAGUUUGAGAUGGGAGGCAAGCCCUUCAUCAAAUCUAACCAGGGGCAGAAUCCAAUUUUCCAGAACCAGCAACAGCAGGCUCAGUCUAAGGACAUGGCACCGCGUUUCAUCAAGAAAGGAUCGCUCAACGCUGAUGAGAUCAGUCUAAGGCCGGCACAGUCAUUCCUUCUCAACACAAACCAAGUGCCAAAGUUGCAGCCGCAGAUACCAACAAUGAUUCCUCCAAGUGCUCAACCUCCACGCACUCAAACGCCACCACUGGGACAGCCUCCUCUGCUUGGUCUGAAAGCCAACCCUCCUCCAAUUCAGGAAAAACCUCCAAAGACCACCAAGAAACCGCCUCCUGCAAAGGAAGAGUUGCUUAAGAUGACCGAGACCAUAGUGACCGAUUUCCUGAACAGCAAAAACAUUGAUGAAGCUGUGAACAGUGUAAGAGAGAUGAAGGCUCCCAAACACUUCCUGCCUGAGAUGUUGAGCAAGAUCGUGAUCUGUUCUCUUGACUGCCCAGACGAAGACAAGGAGCAUGCCAGCACCUUGAUCCACACACUCCGCACAGAGGGCCUUGUUACUGGGGAGAGCUUCAUGCGGGCUUUUCUCAGUGUUCUGGACCAGUGUCCCAAGAUCGAAGUGGACAUUCCUCUGGUGAAGUCCUACUUGGCCCAGUUUGCAGCGCGAGCCAUCAUCGCAGAGCUGGUGAGCAUGGACGAGCUAGCCCACCCUCUGGAGAAUGGCACCCACUUCCCCCUCUUCCUGCUUUGUCUGCAGCAGACAGCCAAGCUGAAGGAUCGUGAGUGGCUCACUGAUCUAUUCCAGCAAAGCAAGGUCAACAUGCAGAAGAUGCUGCCUGAAAUCGACCAAAACAAGGAUCGCAUGCUGGAGAUCUUGGAGGGCAAAGGCCUGAGCUUCUUAUUCCCACUCAUGAAGCUGGAAAAGGAACUGCUGAAGCAAAUCAAAGCAGACCCCUCUCCCCAGUGCAUCUACAAGUGGAUCAAGGACAACAUCUCCCCUAAGCUCCACACCGACAAGGGCUUCAUCAACAUCCUCAUGACCAGUUUCUUGCAGUACAUUGCCCAAGAGAUAAAUGCCAGUGAGGAAGAAGACCAGUUAUCAGCCCCCACUAAAGAACAGCUGGACCAGGAGAAGCAGCUGCUGCUGGUCUUCAAGCCAGUGAUGCAGAAGUUCCUGCAUGAUCACCAGGAUCUACAAGUCGGUGCCCUCUACGCUCUGCAGGUCCACUGCAAUGCUAAAACUUUCCCUAAAGGAAUGUUACUGCGCUAUUUUGUCCACUUCUAUGAUAUGGAAAUCAUUGAAGAAGAAGCCUUCCUUGCAUGGAAAGAAGACAUAACUCAAGAGUUUCCUGGGAAGGGGAAAGCAUUAUUCCAGGUGAACCAGUGGCUGACCUGGCUGGAGACUGCUGAGGAAGAGGAGUCUGAGGAGGAAGCUGACUGAAGAACCAGCCAAAAGCCUAAUGGUGCAGAAAUGCUAUUGAUAUAAUACCGCUUUUGUUUGUUUCCCAUCAUCCCUGUCCCAAUAUGAUAUGCAUACCUAACCACUGCAACACUUCAUUCAUCCUCCCUGUCCCAAUAUGAUAUGCAUACCUAACCACUGCAACACUUCAUUCAUCCUCCCUGUCCCAAUAUGAUAUGCAUACCUAACCACUGCAACACUUCAUUCAUCCUCCCUGUCCCAAUAUGAUAUGCAUACCUAACCACUGCAACACUUCAUUCAUCCUCCCUGUCCCAAUAUGAUAUGCAUACCUAACCACUGCAACACUUCAUUCCCCUAUCAGGUUUUUGGCCAUAUUAAGCAAAUGCAUGUUUAGUUUCCCCCCUGCCCUUUGGCUCUUUUCUAGCGCUUAAGCAUAAUAAUGGUUUGCCAUCUGUUUUAAGAGCCCCUUUUAAGAUCAAUGGUAUCAGCUGCUUUGAAUCUAGACUUUUGUUUUUCUCUAAGACAAUUGAAUUGCAAGGGCCUUGUUCCUGCUGCUGAAUGCUAUGCUUUUAUUUUUGUUGUUAGCCGAUGAGCAACACUGUAGAGAUGCACUUUGCUCAACGUCAUACAUGAGUCGUUGCAAUAUUCACUCAUCCCUUGAUUGUUACAAAGAAUCCUCAACUGUAAUCAUUGGUUACCAGAACAUUUAAUGGUUUAUAUUUGCUUGUGUUUCUACCUCCUCAUUAUGGGCUUCAUGUGUUGGGUUUGAAUUGCUUAAUGUCUCCAUUUCAAGUGAAAACACUUAGUCUGGACUAAUGCACAAGUCUGUAAUAAAAAAACGGUUUUACUUGCACAAUAUCCUGAUUGUAAGAAUUCAAAUUCAGACCUUUAAGUGCUUUUGUGGAUGUAUGGCACAUCGCCUGGGAGAGAUGAAAUUAUGCGGCCUUGUUAAUUUAUCAACCCUCAUUGCUGUGUACCUCCCUCUGUAUCUGUCAUACAUUGUGAUACUAAAAUUUUCUUUACGGGGAACAACCAAACCAAUGUGUGAGUUGGUUUUGCAUGGCUCGGUGCCCCAGCUGAGGGGUGAUUUCACUUAAGGACCAAUGGAAUGGUCUAAACAUUUGCAAACUAACCCACCUGGGGCAUCGGGCCAUGCAAAAUGAACUCGCACACGGUCUGUUCUCAUGCAACAAUUUUCAAACUACACAAGUGCAACAUGUUUUAACAUGAGAAAUGAAUUAGAUUUUGUUACACUUUAACUCUGCCCCCCCGCCCCCCCCCCUCGUGUGAAAAAUUGAAGCCUGUUUGCCAUAAUGUCUGAUCCAGAUAUUUAUUGAUUGUUUUUAUCAAGAUUUAAAAAUAUAGAAUCUCAAUUUACUAUGAUCUAAUGAAAUCACGAGGUAUACAUCUGUACAGUACAACUUUCUGUAAAAGUGUUACUGUAAGGUUCUGUAACUGCUAAGAAUGUUCUUGUGUACCACUAUUGCUUAACUUUUAAAUAAAGUUAAACACUGAGUUCA